AUGAUAGAAGACCCAUCACCUACACCUUUACCAUCUCCUAUACAUGGGAGUUACCAUUGGACAUUUGAGCGGUUUAUUUCUUUGACAUUAGUACCAUUAGUGUUGGCACCUUUUGUGGGAUCAAGUACGACGCCUAUUUUUGAUGCAAUUCUUUCAUUAGGACUGGUUGUUCAUUCUUAUAUUGGAUUUGAUGCAUGUAUUACUGAUUAUUUUCCUAAACGUGAAUAUGGGUCCUUUUCUACAUUUAUGAGAUGGGUGUUGCGAGGAGCAACAGGUCUUGUUUUUGCAGGACUUUAUGAAUUUGAAACAAAUGAUGUUGGAAUUACUGAGGGAAUUAAGCGUAUAUGGAAGGCAUAA